AUGGUCGGCCUCACAUCUGCCGCUGGCCUGGUUGGCUUCCUUUCUGAACCCGACCCGGCUUUGCAGGCGUUUGCGCUGCAGCGCCUCAACGACCAGAUCGAUGCAGUUUGGACGGAGGUAUCGGGCUCUAUCGGACAAAUGUACGUGUCUUGUGCUAGUCAUGGGGUAAUGCUGCUGUUUGGCGAUGGCAGCAUAUGAUCAGGCGUGGCGUAUCUCGGUAUGACAAACGAGCAUGAGCUGACGACUGGACAACAGAGAAGCACUCUACGAAGACGAAUCAUUCUCUCACCGGGACCUCGCUGCUUUGGUCCUUUCCAAAGUCUACUAUCAGUUGCAGGAGUACGAUGAGUCCAUGGUCUUCGCCCUCGGCGCGGGUAAGCUGUUCAAUCUUGACAACGCCGGCGAAUACGAGGAGACCAUCGUUGCCAAGUGCAUCGACACUUUCAUCUCGCUCUGCGCCCUUCAUAACCCUCCCUCUUCUGUCUCCGCCACCGGUCGCCAGAGCUCCGUGGAUCUCGACAGUGCCAACGCUGCGGGAACCUCGCCCACCACGCCGUUUUCACAAUCCGCGAUUCCAUCCAAGUCAUUGCUGUCGCGUGAGGAUGAGAAGGGCUACAACUCCUCCGCACCUGGCGGCGGCAAUGCUGGCGUUCCCGGAGCGCAUCCUCAACCUCUGACCCUACCGAACGCUGUGAAGAAGAACUUGCACUCGGUCAUUCGGAGGAUCUUCGAAAGCUGCUACGAGGUCGGCGCGUAUAAGCAGGUCGUUGGCAUUGCUGUCGAGGCUCGUAAUAUGGAGGUUCUGAAGGAGACGAUUCUGCGGUCAAGCCAGGAAGAGAAGGGCAAGGGAAAGAAGGCCGCGAGUGCUGGGUCAACCGAAGAUCUCAUGGAGUACGUGCUGGACAUCUGCAUGAACGUGGUGCAAGAGCGUGGUCUGCGAAACGAGAUCUUGAAGCUUAUCUUGGACAUGCUGAAUGACAUUCCGAGCCCCGACUACUUCGCCAUCGCACGAUGCGUUGUGUAUCUGAAUCAAGAGUCGAUGGCAUCCAACAUGCUCCGUCAGCUUGUCCAGAAGGGCGAUGGGAGGUCACUGGCCAUCGCUUACCAGCUAUCUUUUGAUCUUUACGAGAACGGCACACAAGAAUUCUUGCAGAAGGUCAUGGAUGAACUGCCCGAGGAUGAGACCGAGAAGGAGGACGAGCCAGAGAUGAACGGAAGCGCUGUCCGACCAUCAACACCACACCCAAACCAGAGCGAAGGCGCAACUGAAUCGGAUCAGCUCCUCUCUGAGCUCAACGACUCUGCAGGCGCACCGCAAACAUCCACGAUUGUUGCGUCGAGAACGAAACCAAAGCCGGAGAACGAAGAUCAGAAGAAGGCUUUCACUUCCGUUCGAGAAAUCCUGCGCGGCACAAAGAGCAUCGAGUUGAAUCUGGAAUUCCUAUACCGAGCAGCCCAUACGGACCGAGCCAUUCUGAACAAGAUUCGCGAUUCUCUAGAGGCAAGAAAUAGCAUCUUCCACACCUCAGUCACAUUCGCCAACGCUUUCAUGAAUGCCGGGACGACUGUGGACACUUUCUUCCGAGACAACCUGGAGUGGCUCGGCAAGGCUGUCAAUUGGAGCAAAUUUACAGCUACCGCUGCAUUGGGCGUCAUACACCGUGGAAACCUCAACAAUGGCCAGAAGCUGCUGGAACCAUACCUGCCAAGGGAGAACGCGAACGCAAGCGCAGGGAGUACCUAUAGCCAAGGUGGCUCUCUGUAUGCACUCGGUCUGAUAUAUACCAACCAUGGCACCCAUGUUCUCGACUACCUGCGCCGUCAAUUCAGGGCAACCCAAGAAGAAGUGGUUCAACAUGGCGGUGCACUUGGACUUGGUGUCGCUGGAAUGGCCACCGGAUCUGACGAGAUCUACGAAGAGCUCAAGAACGUGCUCUACGCAGAUUCGGCCAUCAACGGAGAAGCUGUCGGCUUGGCCAUGGGUCUUGUCAUGCAGGGCACCGGCAAUCUGAAGGCGGUGGAUGACAUGAUUCAAUAUGCACACGAUACUCAGCACGAGAAGAUUGUGCGCGGACUUGCCAUGGGAAUGGCCCUUAUCAUGUACGGCCGACAGGAGGGUGCGGAUGAACUCAUCUCCGGUCUGCUUGACGACGCGGAUCCAGCGCUUCGAUAUGGCGGUGUAAUGACUGUCGCACUCGCCUAUGCGGGUAGUGGCAGCAACAAAGCUGUGAGAAGACUACUGCACCUGGCUGUUUCAGAUGUUAGUGAUGAUGUACGGAGAUCCGCAGUCAUGGGCUUGGGCUUCGUUCUCUUCCGAAAGCCUGGUAGUGUACCGAGAAUGGUCGAACUGCUCUCCGAGAGCUACAACCCGCAUGUGCGAUACGGUGCAACCAUGGCACUGGGAAUCGCGUGCGCAGGCACUGGUCUCGACGAAGCGAUUGACCUUCUGGAGCCAAUGAUGAAAGAUUCCGUCGACUUUGUGCGGCAAGGAGCCUACAUCUCCAUGGCCAUGAUUUUGGUCCAGCAGAACGACUCAAUGAACUCCAAGGUCAGCGACCUUCGCAAGCAGCUUCAAAAAGCUGUGGGCGACAGACACGAGGAUGCUAUGGCCAAGUUUGGAUGUGCGUUGGCCCUAGGCAUCAUCGACGCCGGGGGUCGCAAUUGCACAAUCGGCCUACAAACACAGACGGGCAACCUGAACAUGACUGCAAUCGUCGGCAUGGCCGUCUUCUUACAAUACUGGUACUGGUUCCCACUGACCCACUUCCUGGCCUUGUCAUUCUCGCCCACUACCAUCAUCGGGGUAGACUCAAACCUGGAGGUUCCCGACUUCAAGUUCCACAGCAACACGCGACCGAGCAUGUUCGACUACCCGCCCGAGGUGGAAGUCAAGACUGAGGAGGCGCCCGAGAAGGUCAAGACUGCAGUCCUCUCUACCACUGCACAAGCGAAGCGCAGAAAGCUGGCCAAGGACAAGCAAAACCGCCGUGAGAGCAUGGACAUCGAUCACACCCCUACGACUCCCAAACCGGAUGCCGAGGGUGACAAGAUGGACACGGACGACAACGUUGUCGAGACUGGCAAGGAAGACGAGAAGGAGAACAACAAGAAGAACAUCCAGAAGGAAAAGGUUGGCUUCGAGCUUGGAAACCUGAGCCGUGUGCUUCCGCCUCAAAUCAAAUACAUCAGCUUCCCGCUUGACGGACGGUAUCAGCCGGUGAAGCAGGUAAGACGGCACGACAUAUUCACAAUUGAAAGAGCAUAGCUAACAUUUGACUAGCCCACUGGAGGUGUCAUUCUUCUGCACGACACGCGACCGGAUGAGGAGAGAAGCCUCUUGGAAUUGAAGGCCAAGAAGAAGGCACAACCGGCUGCCGCUGCUCCUGGCUCCGGCCGCGGCGCUCAAGUAGGCGCCGAUGCCUUCCCACGCAGCGGUGGUGAUGCUGACAUGAUGGACGCGAUUCAAUCCUCUCUCACGGGCGCUGCUGCUGGCGCCGGCGUUCUCACCGCCGUUGACGAAGACGAAGACGGGGGCGAGGAGGCGCCUGUCCCCGAUGAGUUUGAGGUGGACGAAGACGAAGCUGAGGCUCAGGACGAGUAG